AUGUCUUCCUCUUCGGAAGACCCAGAGCCGACGGGGUCCCGUCGUUCCGCGACGACUCGCCUGGUCGCCUGGCUUCCCGUCGCCAUGGUGGUGGCUCUGUUUGUCUGGACCUACUACGUCUACAUCUUCAUCUUCUGCGGCCACGUUCUCGAGGACGACGUGCAGCGGGUCGUGUUCGGCGGCGUCUUCCACCUGCUGCUGCUGCUGUGCCUCUGGUCGUUCGUGCAGACCACCGUGACCAGCGUGGCGCCCAUACCGCGCUACUUCUCGCUCAGCGAGAGCGACCAGCGGCUGAUGGAGCAAUGCGCCGACGACGACGCGCGCCGCCAGUUCCUCGAGAUCCUGGCCGACAACCGGGGCGUGCUGACGCGAGGUUCCAACGGGGUGGUGCGCUUCUGCGACACCUGCAAGCAGGUCAAGCCCGACCGGGCCCAUCACUGCUCCCAGUGCAAGAGGUGCAUACCAAAGAUGGACCACCACUGUCCGUGGUUCAACAACUGCGUCUGCUUCAGCACGUACAAGUUCUUCCUGCUCACGAUAUUCUACGUGGUGGCCCUGAGCGUGUUCGGGCUGCUGAGCGCGACGCACCACGUGGCCGGCUUGUGGUCCGGCCACGCCGCCUCUGACGUCACGCUUCACACGACAUUCCUGUACGUGUUCGGCGUGGUGCUGUCGCUGACGCUGGGCUCCUUCCUCUACUUCCACAUCACCAUGGUCUGCAGCAACGUCACCACUCUCGAGGACCUACGACCGCACCAGUUCAAGGAUCAAAGGGACUCUUUCGACGUGGGCUGCUGCAACAACAUCGCCGAGGUGUUCGGCCGCCGCAAGGCCCUCUGGCUGCUCCCGGUGUUCACGGCGGUCGGUGACGGGACCCGGUUCCCGACGCGACUGCAUCCGGACCGGAACGUGUAUGGUCCUCCUGCGUCGGUGGCAGUCGAGGCGCGAAGGCCUUCCGUACCGGUCCCUCCCGCCACCGUGGUCACCGGGACUGCCACGCCCUCAUGGAUGCCCCCGGUCGUGGGUCCACCCUCGUGCCGCUAUCCGGUUCCAUCCAGCGAAUCGGUGGCCCUGACGUUGUCGACGCCGUUGCAGCUGCCGCGUCGGGGAGCUGGCGGUGGUCGCCACGCCCGUUUGCCUCCAAUGGCCAUCACCAUUGUGCCGGGCAGCGAGACGCCCGCGUCACGGCUUCACUCGAUGGACGAGAAGGACGCCACGUCGUCGAUGGCGCCACCGACGUCGCUGACGUCGGUGGAUGUGCAGUGA